CUCAGUUGACAUUAUGGCUGUAUGCUGUAUAAUUUAUAUAAAAAAGGCUUUUAGUCAUGCGCACAUCGUUGUUUUUAGAUUUUUUUAACAAAAAUUCGAUAAACUCCCGAGUGCCAUGAGUUAUUUUGAAAAAUGGCUAUAAUUAAGCGUAGAUCAAGACGUUCAAAGGAUUUCCUGGAUCGAAAAUUCUUCAGGCAGAACAAAUACCAUGCAAAUAGCGAACAACAUGCUCCUCAAUGGAAAAUAUUCUGUAUGUUAAUAUUCUUAAUGAUUCUGAUCGUGUUACUCUUAAAAAAUGAUGAGCCAGACCAUAAAGAGCAUAUUAACAAAAGAAAUAUCCCAGAUCCAGAAAAAUCAUUGCCACCCUCGUCGUCACAGCUUUAUACAUUCAAACAUGCGGCUGUUUCAUCCGAUAGUCAAGCAUGUAGCGAUAUUGCAAGAAAUUUGCUGAGAGAAAAUGAAAAUGGAAAUAUCUUUGAUGCGACGAUUAGCACUUUAAUUUGCAAUGGUAUGACAAAUAUUCAGUCAACUGGAUUAUUUGGAGGAUUUCUCCUUACUGCCUACAUCCCAUCUGAACAGAAAUCAGUGAUAAUUGAUGCACAAAUGGUGUCACCAAAGAACUUUCCAUUACGUGUUGAGAAUUUUGAUACUGUAAAGCAUGGAGGUAUGGCUAUAGCUGUUCCUGGAUUUUUAAAAGGAAUUUGGGAGAUGCACAAGAAGUUCGCAAAACUUACAUGGAAGGAAAUAUUGAUACCAUUAAUUGAUCUCUGUAAAACUGGAAUAAUAAUGACUAAGCACUUGAGAGAUUCUAUAGACUUUAAUGAACGAAUCCUUAACGACACAUAUUUACGUGACUUGUUUAUCGAACGAUCCUCAGGAAAAGUCAAACGUAUCGGCACUAAAAUAAUUUUAAAUAAGCAAUGCAAUUUUCUAGAAUUAUUAUCUAAUCAUAAUGACACUGGUGACAUUUUUACUGGUUCCAUCGGUGAAAUGAUUGUUAAUGACUUGAAACAAGUAAACAGCAUUAUCACAAUUGACGACCUCAAAUCAUACAAUGUCAAGAUUUAUGAUGGAAGAAUUAUUGACAUUAAUGAUAAUCAUGCAAUUGUCGUGCCUAAUUCUUUAGCUCUUUUGAUUCCAUCAAUUUUAAAAACUUUAAUGCGAUACAAUUUUAAUGCUUCGUCGUGGUUUGAAGGCGAGAAUUUUAUUAAUAAUACAAUUUUAACACAUCAUCGAAUUAUUGAGACUUUUAAAUAUGCAUUUGCAAUGAGAUCACGUUUUGGCGAUCCUGACUUUAUAGACAUAAGCGAUGUUACUGAUUAUCUACUAUCUGAAAAGUUUACAAACUACAUUUUAAAGUCAAUUAAUGAUACAUCUGUUAAGCCUAAUAUUGACGAUUAUGGCCUGAAUGAAACUAUACCUCAGAAUCAUGGAACUUCUCAUAUUUCCAUCGUUACUGAAAAUAGAGACUCAGUUUCUGUGACAAGCUCGAUCAAUUAUUAUUUUGGAGCUGGAAUUACCGGCGAGAAAUCUGGUCUAAUUUUUAACAACGGCAUGGAUGAUUUCUCAUUUCCAGGACGUGAUCUCAACUACUUUGGACUAAAGGAAACAGCUACAAACUACCAAGAAGCUGGAAAACGAGCCUUAUCCUCAAUUUCGCCAGUUAUUGUGAUAGACAAGAAAACUAGAAUGCCUCAGAUAAUUAUCGGUGCAGCAGGAGGAAGUAAAAUCAGUAGUGCACUUACAAUUGCAAUUUUGAGAUUCCUUUGUUGUUCAAAUGAUCUAAAGGAGAUUAUCGAUGCUCCAAGAUUUCAUCAUCAGCUAGUUCCAAAUAUCUUUGAAUACGAGUAUGGAAUUACUAGUAACGUAAUUGAAGGAUUAAUGCUGAAAGGUCAUGCGACUUAUAGAUACAGAAAUAGAGGAACGAUAAUCAAUGCUUUGGCAUUAGAUGAGCGAAAUGUAUACGCGAUAUCUGAUUAUCGUAAAGAUCAUAGUGGAGUUGCUGGAUUCUAG